AUGUCAGAAACCGAAGUGGUUGAAAAACCAACUAACAAUCAAUCAGCUGAAAAAAUAAAUGCUAGCUCAGUUGGUGAUACUAUAAAAUCUACCGACCUCACGGCUGAUCAAAUAGAUAAGUUGGCAAAAUUGAUUGAGGCUAUUCCUACAAUAUUACUGAAGACUGAUAACCCUAAAUACGACGAAAUUUUUGGUCAUUGUGUCAAUGUUGAUUCCAAUGAACAUGUUGAUGUUUCUAUUAGAAACGAGAUUUUGUUGAAGUUCUUGAUAGCUGACGAAUAUGAUGUCGAAACUGCUACGACAAGAUUGGUUAACACCUUGAAUUGGAGAAAUAAGUUCCAACCUCUUUCUGCUGCUUACGAAGAGGAAUUUGACAAGGAAUUGGAUCAAUUAGGGGUUGUUACUGGGAAUCCAGAUGGUGACGAUAACAUGAAGUAUGUUACUUGGAACUUAUACGGAAAGCUUAAAAAUCCUAAGAAGGUGUUCCAACAAUACGGUGGAGAAAGGGAAUCCAAAGAAGGUGCCAAGGAAGGUACUCAAUUCUUGAGAUGGCGUAUAGGUAUCAUGGAAAAAUCGUUGCUGUUUGCAGAUUUCACUGAUCCAACGAACAACAAAAUCGCCCAAGUCCAUGACUAUAACAACGUCUCCAUGCUUCGUAUGGACCCUAAUGUGAAGGCUUCAACGAAGCAGAUUAUCAGUAUCUUUGGUGCCAACUACCCAGAGUUAUUAUCUGUAAAGUUCUUCAUUAAUGUUCCAGUAUUUAUGGGAUGGGUGUUCACAUUCCUCAAAAAGAUGGGUAUCAUCAGCGCUGAGACUUUGAAGAAGUUCCAGGUUUUGAGCAACGGUAACUUAUCUGAAUGGUUUGGUAAAGAUAACUUGCCAGCAGAAUACAAUGGAGGCAAGACUACCAAAUACAGUCUGUUAGAUUCUUUAGCCGAAUCCAUUCCAAAAGCUGAAAUUCCAGCCUAUGCUAAAGUCAUACUCGCACAAACGAAAGACCAAGAAAUCCAAAACGCUAACCUCUCUGUCGAGUAG